AGAGAGACAAACAGUGCUGCUUGCUCGCUGUCGCUCCAUUCUAGAGAGAGAAACACCUUUUCAAUUCUCUCUCUCUCUCUCUCAUUCUCUAAGAUGGCCGAUGAACCAAUGCCAACUCGCUGGUCUUUCCAGGACUUCAAAAUGUAUUAUGAUGUGAAGUUUGGUAGGAAGAAAGUCGUGGAGAAUGGCGAGACUGCUGAUAAAGCAGUCAGUAACGGAAGUUCGUUGGGCAUUGCAUCUAAUGGCAAUAUGCAUGCCAAAAGAACAUCUGAUAUGGCUAUUUAUGAGCAGUUUCAAAGCCAGGGGCAGCAUCCGAGGCAUACUAAUGGUUUUUCACCAAACAAUAUGGACGAAAGGCCGCAGAAGUCUUUGCUACCACCUUUUGAAUCUGCAGAUAUGCGUUCUUUAGCAGAGAGCUUAAGUAGGGAUAUCAUUCGAGGGAGUCCAGAUGUAAAGUGGGAAAGCAUCAAGGGGUUAGAGAAUGCAAAACGUUUACUGAAAGAGGCUGUUGUGAUGCCAAUUAAGUAUCCCAAGUACUUUACUGGUCUGUUAUCACCAUGGAAGGGCAUUCUCCUUUUUGGCCCUCCAGGGACAGGAAAGACAAUGCUUGCAAAGGCAGUUGCAACAGAAUGCAAGACUACAUUUUUUAAUAUUUCAGCAUCAUCUGUUGUCAGCAAAUGGCGAGGUGAUUCGGAGAAGUUAGUGAAGGUGUUAUUUGAGCUUGCAAGGCAUCAUGCGCCCUCAACAAUAUUUCUUGAUGAAAUUGAUGCAAUCAUUAGUCAACGUGGUGAAGCACGCAGUGAACAUGAAGCAAGUAGACGGUUAAAAACUGAGCUACUCAUUCAGAUGGACGGUUUGACACGCACAGAUGAACUUGUUUUUGUUUUGGCGGCAACAAAUCUUCCCUGGGAAUUGGAUGCAGCCAUGCUUCGACGUCUUGAGAAACGAAUCCUUGUACCACUUCCAGAACCAGUAGCGAGAAGAGCAAUGUUUGAGGAACUCCUUCCUUCACUGCCUGGUGAGGAACCGAUCCCCUAUGAUUUAUUGGUGGACCAGACAGAAGGAUAUUCAGGCUCAGAUAUCCGAUUACUCUCUAAAGAGACAGCAAUGCAGCCCUUGAGACGCUUAAUGUCACAACUUGAACAGCGACAAGAGGUGGUGCCUGAAGAAGAGUUGCCAAAAGUUGGGCCAGUCAAACCUGAAGAUAUAGAGACAGCUUUAAAGAACACAAGGCCAUCUGCUCAUCUCCAUGCCCACAAAUAUGACAAGUUUAAUGCUGAUUAUGGUAGUCAAAUACUUCAAUGAAAAUAUGAUGUUGUUAUUGUUAGGUCGUCCACAAUUUGAUUGUCAUAAAAUUGCUGGUGUACAACUAGGAAACUUAAUUUGUUUUGGGUAGAGUGAUGAUCUUUACAGAUUUUCUUGACAUAUCCUUCGAUUUGAGCCACUAUAUCACUUGAACGUUUUUGCAAUGGUUCUGAUUUUUUCACAACCCUCUUUUUGUGACUCUGCAGCAGUCAUUUUCCAUUUAAAAUCU